AUGCCCGAGUUAGCGGAAAUCCACCGCAUUGUGCACUUCAUUCGCCAGCAUUUGGUUGGGAAGACACUGUCCAAAGUACAAGCACAAAAUGAUGACAUUGUCUUUGGCAAAGUUGGCACCAGUGCUGUCGAAUUUCAAAAGGCGAUGCAAGGGAAAAAGGUUGUGGGUGCGGGUCAGCAGGGAAAAUACUUCUGGAUCACCAUGUCUUCACCACCUCACGCUGUGAUGCAUUUUGGAAUGGCUGGCUGGCUGAAAAUUAAAGAUGCUGACACUUACUACUACCGAACCGACAAACCUGCCGAUCAAGAAUGGCCUCCUAAAUAUUGGAAGUUCCUGCUAGAGACAAGCGAUGAACCCAAAACAGAGGCAGCAUUUGUAGAUGCCCGCAGACUUGGUCGCAUCAGGCUGGUGGAUUGCCCAGCGGAUGAGAUUCGAGACCAUACUCCGCUCAAAGAGAAUGGCCCCGAUCCGGUCACUGAUAAAGAAGUUGUGAAUGAGGCAUGGUUGGAGGAGAAAUUAGGAAAGAAGAAAGUGCCAAUAAAAGCUCUUCUGCUCGACCAGGCCAAUAUCAGUGGAAUCGGUAAUUGGAUGGGUGAUGAAAUUCUUUAUCAUGCCAAGAUACAUCCAGAGCAGUACAGCAACACUUUGAAUAGUGAUCAGAUCAAGGCGCUGCACUUUUCGCUUCAUUAUGUCUGCUCAACCUCCAUUGGUGUGCUAGCAGACUCGGAGAAGUUCCCUGAGAAUUGGCUUUUCAAACAUCGAUGGGGUAAAGGCAAAAAGAACCAGCCAGCAGUUCUUCCCAAUGGAAAUAAGAUCACUUUUCUUACUGUUGGAGGCCGAACAAGCGCCGUCGUUCCAGCCGUCCAGAAAAAGACUGGCGCAGUUGCUAAAGAUAUUGAUGAGGAUGUUACCAAUGGCACACCAGCGAAUUCGAAAAGAAAACGUGCAGCCCCAAAGAAGGUGGACAGUGAAUCGGAAGCGGAAAAUACAACAGAGACAAAGAAGCGAGGCAUUUCGAAGCAAAAGAGAUCGACAAUAAAGAGUGAAGAUAUGGAAGAGAAAAAGUCAAAGCCAGCCAUUCUUAAAGGCCGCGAAGAAGAGAUUUCAACGCAAGUUUAG